AUGAAGCCACUUGUCCUCCUUUCUGCCCUUGUCCUGCUGUCCUUCCAGGUCCAGGCUGAUCCUAUCCAAAACACAGAUGAAGAGACUAAAACUGAGGAGCAGUCAGGUGAAGAGGACCAGGCUGUGUCUGUCUCCUUUGGAGACCCAGAAGGCUCUUCUCUUCAAGAAGAAUCGUUGAGAGAUCUGGUAUGCUAUUGUAGAACAAGAGGCUGCAAAAGAAGAGAACGCAUGAAUGGGACCUGCAGAAAGGGUCAUUUAAUGUACAUGCUCUGCUGCCGCUGA